ACGUUCCAAAAAGCUCAAAAAUCGAAUAGUUUGUUUAAAUAAUCCAUUACUAAUUAAUAAAUAAAUAAAUGAUAAAAAAUAAUAAACUUUUGACACAAUACCAUACACCGAGUCCAGCACCACAAAAGUUGCGGACAGAAAUUUCUUGGGAUAUUAAUGACGUGAUUAUUCCAAUUGUUAACGAAUUUGAUGAAUUUGAUGAGUGGGUUGAUGGCCAUCGCCGUCUAGUUUAUUCGGCGUCUAAUGAAGAUGCGAAAAAACAUUCAUCAGGCUGGGCCAUGCGUAACACAAACAAUCAUAAUAUCAACAUAUUAAAAAAGAGUUGUCUGGGAGUACUUUAUUGUUCGGCUAAAUGCAAACUGGCAAAUGGUAGAAAUAUAAAUUUACGUCCAGCAAUUUGUGAUAAAGCCCGUCGUAAACAGCAGGGUAGACAAUGCCCUAAUCGAAAUUGCUCAGGACGCUUGGAAAUACAACCUUGUAAAGGCCAUUGUGGUUAUCCGGUAACCCAUUUUUGGCGUCGAGCUAGUAAUGUUAUAUUUUUUCAAGCAAAAGGGACACAUGACCACCCAAAGCCGGAAGCCAAGGGAUCAACUGAAGCACGACGUCUUUUUGGUAAUAGCCGACGUAUUCGCAAUACAUUUACUACGCUUACACAACGAAAAACUUCUCGCAAUAAUAAAUACCGCAGUACUAAUAACCACUUUAUGAACCCACAGCACCGGUUACAUAAAUUAGAAGAACAAAGGAACAUAACGAAUUAUUGUAGUAUUUAUGAAAGUUCUCACAACGUAGCUCCAUUUGCUCAAGAGCAAGAAAAUCUGGAACAGUCUAGACUUUUACCUACAGAAAUUACUCCUUUCAUGUCCGCAAAUGUAUGCUUAAAUACAACAACGUUAACGGAUAAUUUGAAUUUAAACCACAUGAAUGCGGUUUCCAAUGUUAACAGACUUGAAAAUAAUUUUACAAUACUCGAAAAUUGUCCACCACCAUCUGCUAUGACAUCUUCAGUUUCCCUUUUUUACUCUCCUUCUAUGCAGAAUCAGCAAUUACAAAAUACGACAAAGAAAUCUAAAAUAAUGGAGUUAAAUUCUACAAGCGAAACACAAUUCACACCAGUUUAUCAUGAACCGCGCCGAUUUCAUGAAAAUUAUGAUGACACAUCCAGUAUUAAUUCUAGUUCCGGCUACAAUUCAGAUGAUUAUUACUAUCCCUCCUCGACCUCUCUAACUUUUGCCAGUAACCAACGCCAAGAAUUAGCAAGAUCAGUUGCUUACUUUGCAGCUCAAACUACUGAAAUAUAUAAUACAGUAUUUGAACCUGUUUCGAUGCAACAGAUUCAGCUACCUAAUGUUUCUAAAGAUUUUCAUUUCGACUUUAUUGAAGAAUAUGAAAAUAUCAACUACCAUGAAAAAAAUAUCGAAAAUCAUCAAACACAGUACCAGCACGCUACUUAUGAAAACAACACCAAUUCUGAGUUUUAUUAUUCUGGACACGAUAACGCAUGGAAUUAUUGUAUUUAAUUAUUUAAUUUGAAAUAAAUACAACUAGUUUAAUAAUUUUGUUUGUAAAUACAUAUAUAAGUACAUACCUUAAUUUUUGCUAACAACACAGUAAUAACAAUCUAAUAAAAU